GCCCACAGACGCAGGCGUGGUCGCACGUACACCGCUCGUGAACGCCGGACGCCCAGUCGCUCAGAUUCUGCCGCGGGCGAAGAAGCUCGGCGCCGCCUCGCGCCGCCUCCCCCAAAGUCCCUGCCCCACCGCGGAGCGUCACUUCCGCCACCCCCGGCUGGGGUUGGGGCGGGGAGCGCGGGGGAGGGGGCCAGCAGGUCGGAGGGAAGGCCGUGCGAAGCCCGCGCUCUAGCAGGGACUACAUUUCCCGAGGGGCCUCGGCGGAGGCAGCGACGGCGGGCGCGGCGACGUUCCCCGGAAGUGGAGCCCGGGACUUCCACUCGUGCGUGAGGCGAGCGGAGCCGGAGACAAGAGCAGAGGCCGAACUCGGGAUCUGACAAGAUGGCCGGGCUGCCCCGCAGGAUCAUCAAGGAAACCCAGCGUUUGCUGGCAGAACCAGUUCCUGGCAUUAAAGCAGAACCAGAUGAGAGCAACGCCCGUUAUUUUCAUGUGGUCAUUGCUGGCCCCCAGGAUUCCCCCUUUGAGGGAGGGACUUUUAAACUUGAACUAUUCCUUCCAGAAGAAUACCCAAUGGCAGCACCUAAAGUACGUUUCAUGACCAAAAUUUAUCAUCCUAAUGUAGACAAGUUGGGAAGAAUAUGUUUAGAUAUUUUGAAAGAUAAGUGGUCCCCAGCACUGCAGAUCCGCACAGUUCUGCUAUCCAUCCAGGCUUUGUUAAGUGCUCCUAAUCCAGAUGAUCCAUUAGCAAAUGAUGUAGCCGAGCAGUGGAAGACCAACGAAGCCCAGGCCAUAGAAACAGCGAGAGCAUGGACUAGGCUAUAUGCCAUGAACAAUAUUUAAGUCGAUCAGAUCAUCAAGUGUACACCACUUCUCCUGUUCUGCCAAGACUUCUUCCUUUUUUUGUUUGCAUUUAAUGGACACAGUCUUAGAAACAUUACAGAAUAAAAGCCCAGGCAUCUUCAUCUUUGGUGAUUACAUGCACAUUAGCAAAUCUGUCUUGUCCUGAUUCACUGUUGUAAAGCAUGAGCAGAGGCUAGAAGUAUCAUCCGGGUUGCUGAGAGAUGUUGAGAAGCAGGACUCUCUGCUUUGACUUCUUCCCCAUCAUGGUUAAAGUACAAGGCACUGUGAAUGAAGGUAGUUGUCAGGGUUAGCUGCCAGGGGUAUGGGUGUUUUUAUUUUAUUUUUUAGGGGGAAAGUAGUUUAAUUUUAUUCCCUCCUUUCCCCUCCCCCCUCUUAAAGGAUCUAAUUGCAGUGGUUAAAUGCAGCUAACCAGUUUUUUAGAAUACGCUCUCUAGCCAAGUCUAACUUUAGACGCUGUAGAUGGACAAGCUUGAUUGUCUGAACCAAAAUGGGAACAUUAAAUAAACAUCACAGCCCUCACUAAUAACAUUGUGACUUGCUGUCAAGUGUAGAUUCUCCGUCCCCCACCCCUACCCCCAAAAGACAAAGAAAAAGCUUGUGACCAUUUUGUAUGGCUUGUCUGGAAACUUCUGUAAAUCUUAUGUUUUAGUAAAAUAUUUUUUGUUAUUCUACUUUGCCUUUGUACAGUUUAUUUUACUGUGUUUAUUUCGCUUGCCCGAUGUGACAAUCGUAUUUAAAAUUAAAAUAGAUGGAACAUUC